CAGCGUCGUAUACUCAGCGUCUCCGUCUUCCCCUUGUGUUUCUCAUUAAUUAAAAUGUAAUUAAAAACCAAUUUCUAUUGUAAUUAUGACCAUUGUAACUAAUUAUUUUUUAAUUUUUUUUUUUUAUUAGUAAAUGAAGUUUAUUGUUGUAUCUAAUCCUUAAAUAGUUGCCUACAAAUCGAACUUGCCUCAGUAUAUAUAAGUCGUAGAUCGCCUGCAACGUAACCAAAAAAAUUUCGCUUUUUCUCCAGUGUUUUUUUCAGUGAAAAUUUAGUUUUACUAUUAAAGUAUAAUUUUUUCAAUUUAUUCUAUUCGUUUAUUGAAAGUGUAAAAAGAAAAAGUGACGAAAAUGGAGGAGAAAUUACGUCAAAUGGAAGACGAAAUGAAUCGAUUUGAAGCUGAAAUUGGUGGUCAAAUGAUUCCGCCAAUGGUGAGGCCUGUAAUUGGUGCAAAUACUUACAAUCAAGUUGCACGACAACUUGAACAACAUGAAAUUCCAAAUCCCGUUGUUGCCGCCGCAGCAGGUGUUGCUUUUUCUCAAAUUAUGGGAUUCCCACCUCCACCGCCUCCGCCACCUCCAAUUAUGAUUCCCCCUCAAGUCUCUAGACAAGGAUCAGUACCAAUUGCGAGUUAUUCGUCGCCAGCGCAAAUUUCCACAUCAUUUAUGUCAAAUCUUGUUGAUCCAUGUUUAACGGGUAAUCCAAAAUCUUAUGAAUCACCAGCACCGCAAAUGAUUCAUCCCGAAAUAAUUGAACAUAUUAUUAAUGCAAAAGUAACGGACGAUGAGGGUAAACGUAAGCCAAAGGCAAAAGGUGUUAGUACAGCGGCCGAAUUGGCUAUUAGUCAGGGUAAAGCGAGUUCAAUUAUGGCAAAUGCAAGCGCCGAAGAAUGCCAUCCCAAGGGCAAGGGAAAGAAAAAUAAGAAAAUCAUUCGUAUGGCUGGCGGACAAACGUGGGAGGAUCCAUCGUUACUCGAUUGGGACGAUGAUGAUUUUCGAAUAUUUUGCGGCGAUUUGGGUAAUGACGUGACGGACGAGAUGCUUGUACGUGUUUUUGGAAAAUAUCCAAGUUUUCAAAAAGCAAAAGUAGUUCGUGACAAAAGGACAAACAAAACAAAAGGUUUUGGUUUUGUUUCAUUUAAGGAUCCACAGGAUUUUAUUAAGGCCAUGAAAGAAAUGAACGGAAGAUACGUUGGAUCAAGACCAAUAAAAUUACGUAAAAGUUCCUGGAAACAACGAAAUCUUGAAAGUGUACGUAAAAAAGAAAAGGAAAAACAAAAUUUAAUUGGAUUAUUAACCGGAAGGUGAUGAAAUUUUUUUUUUUUUCUUUUUUUUCAUUCUCUUUUUUUCUCUAAAUCGAGAAAUAUUUUAUUCUUGAUUGAAUUUUACUCAGGAAAAUGAAGUGAGACACAGAAGGAAGGUAGGAAAUAAAAAUCUUGAAAAUUGUUUUACAAUUUUUUCGAAUGUAACUCGAUUUCGUUUUCCAUUAAAAAAAAAAAAAAAAAAAAA